UCCUAAUAAAGCAGUAGUUAAUAUUAACAAAUUUCAGUAGUUAUGGUAACUUAAGUACUAUGGGGACGGCAGCUUCUUUCCUUUUCAAGGGUAUGGGAAAAAGUUCAAGUAAGCUGAAUAGAAAUGACCUGCAGGAGUUGGAGUCAACAACACGCUUUGAAGCAAGACAGCUUCAGAAAUGGUACAGAGACUUUAUUCAAGAUUGCCCGGACGGUCACAUGACGAAGGAGGUGUUUGAGAAAAUUUACGGUCAGUUUUUCCCGGUUGGAAAUCCGUCCCCAUUUGUUGACUAUAUUUUUAACGUAUUUGAUGCUAACAAGGAUGGUGUCGUCACAUUUAAGGAAUUUAUCACCGCUAUUUCAGUAACAACACAUGGCUCUAUUGACGAAAAACUGAACUUUGGUUGCCGCAAACUAUUAGAAAUAUUACGUUUACAAAUGACUUUGGAUAUAGAUGUUUUUAGAAAUCUAUACCUUCAGUGA